GUGAGUGAUAACCCAUCAGGCCAACAGAAACAGCCUGGAAAGGAAUUCUCUGGCCCUUGGGGCAAUGGAGAGGCUGGUAUGCUGAAUUAAAGACAUUUGUAUAUCUUCAGGCUAAACACAGAAACCACUGAAUGAGUAUAUAGAAUCCUUCUGGCGAUAGUAGGGGAAACUUUCUCCGGAAGAGUCCGAGAAUAGAGGAAUGGGGGAAGAAUAUCUUCAGGUGAGAGAUAAUGGAUAGGGUGGGUAUUACAAGGGCUGCCCCCACCCCCAGUAAAGAGCCUAGCUUCUUCUACUUUUGUUUGUAUCCGUAUUUUCUGUCUUUUCUUAUAUUUUAAAAGUAGCUCCCCCGUUUCCCCAUCAUUGCUUCCCCGUCUUAUAAGUAAACCUGGAUAUUAAGAAGAUUUGCCACAGGAGAAUCCAUACUGCCAGUGGUGUGCAAUGAAUGCCUUGGUGCCAUGGAUGUGAGCAAUCUCAAGGCAGGUAGUGUAUGUGGUGGGUCGGGCACCCGAGGGAAAACUGACUGGCUCCUCUCUCAGCAGAACUCCACAAAGAAGUCAGGGGAAGACUAUUUCGCUUGCAAAUCCCAACCUGUAUCAAGAGAAACCACAGAAAAACAGCAAGCUUCUGGUGAACCAAAGUUACCAAGAACCUCAGUGAACGGGACCAAACAAAAAAGAUCUAUGAAAGAAGACAAAGAAAAGACAGCACAAGACAAUGCAAGAGUAAGAAUUCGGAAGAAAAUCCCUAUUCCUCCAUUACCUUCCACACUGCCACCAGUCAACUUGCUUCAUAGAGACGUGGUGCGGGCCUGGUGCCAACAACUGAAGCUGAGCACCAAAGGCCAGAAAUUAGAUGCAUAUAGGCGGCUGUGUGAAUUUGCUUACCCGAAUCAAAUGAAGAACAUUCCCCUCACUGCAAAGGAGGCCAAGAUUCUCACACCAUCACAAAAAAGGUCAAAGAUGGACAAGGGAGAAAUGUUUCUGGAAAAUUCUAAGAAAAAGAGCUCUUCUCAUGGAACCCACCCUCCUGAAGUGGCUGCUCCCCCUGAGGGUGGGAUGCAGGCCCUCGUUGGGUCUGAUCCUCUUCCGGAAGGAGUCGAAACGGUGGUUGUGACAACUUCAGCCCCGGAUGCUGUGUUUGCCUCCUGGUCCAGAAUUGCAUCCACGGCUGGGAAGAUGGAGACAGUGGAAUCAUCACAAGAUGCCUAUGGUGUCCGGUGGUGUGUGGUCCAUGGGAAAAGUCUGCCUGCAGACACAGAGGGUUGGGUUCGCCUACAGUUUCAUGCAGGGCAAGCCUGGGUGCCUGAAAAACAGGGGAGAGUGUGUGCCCUCUUUCUGCUACCUGCCUGUAAUUUUCCACCCCCACACCUAGAAGACAAUAUGCUGUGCCCCAAAUGUGUUCGGAGGAAUAAGGUGUUAAUGAAAAGCCUCCAAUGA